UUUUGGUCACCCAUCAAACAUGUUCGCACGUGUGCCGGCUUUCCCGACUAUUGGCAGGGGCAGGUGAUUACCAUUCGGGUAUAUAGGCGAAUUAGUGAGGGUAUGUCUGCCAUGCACAAACGAAAUGUCGCUAGGAUGCGACUGAUGGGGAAGGAGAAUGAGUGGGUAAAUGGUUCGUUUGGUGGCAGCUGAGGGAGGUGAGUUGGUAGUCAGCUGGGUGUAGGCGUUGGUAUAAGAAAUCGUUAAUUCAUGAGACGGCUUCUACGCGCAAUCCGACACUGAUUCUGUUUGCAUCUACUACCCUAGCCAUACACUCAAAAGUCGGCACGAUGGCUUUCAGAUCGCUCGUUGCUUUGACUAUGGUGGUUGUGCCUCUGGCCAACUGCGCGCCACUUACAUUGCAGGAGAGGCAGACACCAAAUGGGGUCCCAGAUUAUGUACUCAAAUACGCGCCAAUCGUCUACCUUCACUCAGAGGAUACCUAUUUUCCUACCGAUAUACAAACAUUCCUGGAUAACACGACUCCCCGCGUAAACUUCAAUGAAGUUCCUGGCCCUUCAAAACCUUUGACUACAUCCAACCUCGACCAAAUGGGCAGCGACGUCUGGCUCACAUCAAACGAUGAUGUGACGAAGGAUCCCACAUGGAUCAAAGGCACAAAACCCAACGGACAAGGAAAGACCGAAGGAGCAACUACCGCGGCUAUCAUUGUGAACGAUAAAGGAGACGGCAAUGUGGAUGCCUUCUACAUGUACUUCUACGCCUACAACUAUGGCGGUAACGUACUUGGAUGGAGCCAGCUCAACUUCGGUAAUCACGUAGGCGACUGGGAGCAUGUCAUGGUCCGUUUUCAAAACGGCUCUCCCCAAGCAAUCUGGUACUCUCAACACGCCAACGGCCAGGCCUUUCGCUACAACACCGUCGAAAAGUCUGGCGACAGACCUAUUGCCUACUCCGCCAAAGGCUCUCAUGCGAACUACGCCAUUUCUGGAACCCACGAUCACACAAUCCCCAAUCUCAACCUCCCUGGUGGCGUUCUAGAAGACUACACUGACAAAGGCGUAAUGUGGGAUCCGGUGCUAUCGGCCAGCUUUUACAAGUUUGAUGCUGGCAACAACGCCUUCUCGGCAUACGAUGGUCAAGCGCCGACUGCAUGGCUGAACUUCAAGGGUAGGUGGGGUGAUGAAGAGUAUCCUGAGAGUGAUAAGAGACAGGUCAAGCUGUUUGGACAGGCGAAAUUUACUGGUGGUCCAACGGGUCCAGUUGAUAAACAGCUCAAUAGGGAGAAGAUUUGUCCAGAUAACGGGCAGCUCUGCAUUCUGAGAAGUAUUCUCGUGCCGAGGAGGACGGGUAUGGAUAGCAUUGUAAGAGAUCGAGAUGAGGUCGUUGGGUGAUUCAAGACAUCAUGGUGCUUUUGUGUAUUCACUUUAAUUAAUAAGAGAUGAUUUGGGGCUACUGCUACGUAAGAACGCGCAUGGUGGAGUCCUCCAGCAUUUAUGAACAUUAUGACCGACUUAGCCAUAUAUACCAAGACAGGUGGACACCACUACAUCUCAUGCGUCACCGUCUACCCAAAU